GUCGAGUGCUGUGCCGGUGGUCGCGUAGAACAGCCAGUCGCCAGUCCGCAGCCGUCACUCACGCGACCCCUCCUCGCUGACGGACGGCCACGCACUCUGCUCGCGUUGUGACAGAGACGGGGUCGCGACCGUGUUCCACUUCGAGAUCAAGGGAGGAGAGACAUGGACUUCGACGCGAUCUUAGAAGAUGUGGGCGAGUUUGGGCGCUACCAGAAGCUGGUGAUCUACCUGGUGCUGCUGCCGGCGGUGAUCCCCUGCGGUUUCCACGCCUACUCGCAGCUGUUCAUGGCGGCGGACGUGCGCCACUGGUGCGCCGUGCCUGAGCUGCAGGACUACGACACAGAGCUGGUCAGGAAUCUGAGCAUACCAUUGGAGCUCAAGAAUGACAAGUGGGAGUACUCCCAGUGCACCAUGUACAGUCACAACUACACCGAGCUGCUGAGGAGGUACUCCAGCAUCGAGGGUGCGCUGCUGGAGCAGGGCACGGCGGAGGUGGUUCCGUGUCGCAGCGGCUGGGUGUUCGAACGAGGAGUUUAUAAAAAUACUGUUGUCACCGAGUGGAACCUGGUCUGCGACAAAGACUUCUAUCCCACUUUGGGGCUAGUUCUGUUGGGAGUUGGAGGCAUAAUCGGGAACUACAUAUUUGGCUACCUCCAGGACACGUUCGGGCGGAAACCUUCAUUCUUCAUUUAUCUGCUCAUAGAGAGCAUAUUCGGGGUAGCGACAGCAUUUGCCCAGAACUAUUAUAUCUGGGUGAUAUAUCGAUUCGGUGUUGGGUUUACAGUUCCAGCUAUAAUGGCCACGCCUUACGUCUUGGCCAUCGAACUCGUGGGCCCGCGGUGCCGCACACUGUGCACCAUCCUGUCGAACAUCGCGUACUCCCUGGGACUGAUAAUGCUGGCGGGGCUGGUGUACCUGGUGCGGGACUGGCGCUACUUAGCGCUGGCCACGACUCUGCCCUUUCUGUGCUUCUUUUUCUACAUCUGGCCCAUGCCCGAGAGCCCAAGGUGGUUGCUGGCGAGAGGGCAAUUUGAAAAAGCUGAAGUUAUUUUGAAGAAAAUGGCCAGAAUGAAUGGUAAAUCAUUACCCAAGAACUACAUGGUACACCUCCGCCGCCAAUAUGAAUCGGACAAAUUAAAGCAAGAUUUGGAAAAAGAAAAAUCAAGAAAAUACGGCAUCCUCGAUCUGUUCAAAACACCAAACCUUCGGAAGAAAACAAUAAUCAUAACGUUCAUCUGGUUCACGAACACCAGCGUGUACGUGGGUCUGUCGUACUACGCGCCGGUGCUAGGCGGAGACGAGUUCCUAAAUUUCUUCUUGGCGGGCGUGGUGGAACUGCCAACCUACCUGUUCCUAUGGCCGUGCAUGGAGAGGCUGGGGCGCCGGUGGACGCUGUGCAUGAGCAUGGUAGUUGGAGGCGUGGCUUGCUUGACUACAUUUUUGGUACAACACGAAACAUAUGUGACUCUGGCUUUGUACUGCGUUGGCAAGAUGGGUAUUUCAUCGUCAUUUGUCGUACUGCCCCUGAUGGCCUCUGAACUGUAUCCCACCGUAGUGAGGGGCCUUGGUAUGAGCCUAAGUUCUGUACUAGGCAUGUUGGGCCCGAUAUUUAUACCGCUAGUCAACUACUUGGGUUCGGACAUCAUGGUUCUCCCGCUGAUAAUUAUGGGGGCCCUCCUCGUCGCGGGAGGAGUCGCCAGCCUUCUGCUACCAGAGACCUUAAAUCAGCAUUUACCACAAACUUUGGAAGACGGCGAAAAAAUGGGACUCGAUACUGACUUCUGCUGCAGUCCACCCGUCAAGGAAACGCAUGAUGGAGAUGAAGAUAAGAUCUGUAAUAACUGUAAUGCCCUUUGUAGCUGCCAGAUGGUUAGCGUACCGUUGGUUGAACAUGUAUCCGACAGCAAAGAACUCGACGGCGUAGAGUUUAUUAUAGUCAAGUAAAUAAGUUGUAAUAAAAUAAAUGA